GCACUCCGCCUGCAGCCAUGGCCACCUGCGUGCAGCUCUACACCGGGGCCAGGAUGCCCGUCGUGGGGCUGGGCACAUGGAAGUCUGAAGCAGGGCAAGCAAAGGCUGCAGUGAUGGCUGCCAUCGAUGCUGGGUACCGCCACGUGGACUGUGCCUAUGCAUACCACAAUGAGAAUGAGAUUGGGGAAGGGAUCCAGCAGAAAAUCAAGGAAGGGGCUGUGAAAAGAGAAGAUCUCUUUGUCGUCAGCAAGCUGUGGUCCACUUUUCAUGAGAAGUCUCUGGUGAAGGGAGCCUGCCAGAAGACUCUUGCCAACCUGAAAUUGGAUUACCUGGAUCUCUACCUCAUGCACUGGCCUAUGGGGUUCAAGGCAGGAGACGAGCUGUUUCCUGCAGAUGACAAAGGCAUGGCUAUCCCCAGCAACACAGAUUUUCUAGAUACAUGGGAGGCCAUGGAAGAGCUGGUGGACUGUGGACUGGUAAAAGCCAUUGGUGUCUCCAACUUCAACCAUGAGCAGAUUGAAAGAAUCUUGAACAAGCCAGGACUGAAGUACAAACCUGCAAAUAAUCAGAUCGAAUGCAAUCCGUACCUGACCCAGGAGAAGUUGGUGAACUACUGCCAAUCCAAAGGGAUUGCUGUGACAGCCUACAGCCCCCUUGGCUCCCCUGACAGGUCAUGGGCUAAGCCAGAGGAUCCUUCCCUUCUGGAUGACCCCAAGAUCAAGGAGAUUGCAGCCAAGUACAACAAAUCCACAGCCCAGGUUCUCCUUCGCUUCCAGAUCGAGAGAAAUGUGAUUGUGAUUCCCAAAUCUGCCUCCCCACAGCGCAUUGCAGACAACUUCAAGGUGUUUGACUUCAAAUUAACUAAAGAGGAGAUGGCAACUAUUUUCAGCUUUAACAGAAACUGGAGAGUCUAUACAAUGAAGAUGGGCAAAACUCACAAGGACUACCCAUUCGAUGCAGAAUACUGAAGAUGCUCAUAUCCUGCCCUCCUUCAGAGCUUGGCCUGAUAUUCUUCCUAUCAAUGGAUCUGACUUUCUUAUUGCAUUUCUCCUCCUGCAGCCAGUGAAGCCACAGCAUAUGUACUCAGUGAUCAUCUUUUGUUUAUUCUUUCUGAAAGAUACAGUA